AUGAUGUCCGUGGUCAUGACGGUGAUACUGAUUGUAACAUGGCCAUGUGGGACCAUCCUGAACUCAUCCAUUAUAGCUGUCUAUCUCAGCGACUGGAAGAAGGGAGUGAAACUUGGGGAGUGCGAUCAGAUCAGUCUCAGCUUGGGGUGCACCAACAUUCUCUUGCAGUGCUUCACAACAUUUGGAGUGGCAUCCAUAUCAUAUGGACUAUGCUUUCCGCUUAUCGAAAAAGUCUGUUUAGUGGUCUUCACUGUGCUCUGGUUUCCUGUUUAUCUCUCAUUUUGGCUCACUGCCGGUCUCUCCAUCUGCUACUGCCUGAGACUGGUCAAUCUGUCACCUAAAUUCUGCAUUCCGUUAAAAAGGAGACUCUCUCAUAUUGUUCCCCCACUACUUGUGUGGUCAGUGGCAAUUUCAUCUAUUAUUACGGUUCCAAUGAACUGGACUAUAGCAACUGACCAGAAUACAACAAUGAUGUAUUAUAAUAUUUCUGUUAAUGUUGUUUACUUGAUCCUUGAAACUGCAUUUGGUAUCAGCCUGCCCUCCAUUAUUACCUCUAUUUGUAUUUUCCUUUCCCUGAUAUCGCUCCUGAGGCACAUCCGGAGGAUGAAGCAGAACCCUCAGUUCGGGAGUCCUCAGCUGAAGAACCUUAUAAGAGCUUGCAGGACAAUGUUCCUACUCAUGGCUCUGAAUUUUCUUUUUUUCCUGAUAAUUUUCAGUUUAAUGGUACCGCCAUAUAAUGUAGGAACUGUAUGGGAUAUGGUGAGAUAUUCGGGCAUCAUGUUAAACCCAUCAGGUCAAGCCGUUGUUCUGAUCUUUGGAAAUUCCAAGUUACUCAGUGCCUGGACAAAGACCUUGUUUCGUCAGUGA